AUGAGUUCGAAUUCAAGGAGUCCGCCUCCGAGGUCGAGCACUGCCGGUGGGUAUCCGGCGAAGAGAGCGAGACAUGUGUCGCCAGAGCAGACGGGGAAGGUUGCGGUCAGUCCUAGGAGCGCCGAGGAUGGAGAGGUGCUGGUGCUGGGGGGGAAGGAGGGGAAGGCUGGACAGUCGAGUAGCUUUCGGAAUGUUAGUGCGUGUAAUAGGUGUCGGCUGAGGAAGAAUCGGUGUGAUCAGAGGCUGCCGAGUUGUGCGAGUUGCGAGAAGGCGAGCGUGAAGUGUGUGGGUUAUGAUCCUAUCACCAAGAGGGAGAUUCCUAGGAGCUACGUCUUUUACCUCGAGUCGCGGGUUGGAUAUCUGGAAAAAUUACUCCUGGACAAUAACAUACCAUUUGCGCCGGCAGAUGUACUCGAACAUGCCCCAAGACCUAGCGGAGACCCAGUUACUGCUCAGACACCAAGCGACGAUGGCAGACAAACCUUUAAUAGCAGUGAGAUUGCUAUCAACAAACACUCGCCGCAAGAAGUGGCCUGGAGUAAGAAGCAAGACGAGUCAGAUAAGCUGAACAAGUUGAUAUCGAAUGUUGGAAGUGUUUCUGUGCAAGGAGCCUCGGAUUCUCGAUAUCUGGGCUCGACCUCUGGGAUAUCGUUUGCGCGUGUGGUCUUUGCUGCGGUCAAAUCCUCUGUAUCAGGUUCGAAUAGCGAUAAAAGCGGCAUCAAGCCUUCGAGGCCGCCAGUAACGAAUAAAGCUGUUGGCACAGGAGGGACAUCGAUGAGAGACUCUUUCUUCGGAUUGCAUACCAAGCCAACUAUCAAACAAGCGCCAUUCCCUUCGAAGGCUCUCGGACGGCGGUUGGUUGAUUUUUACUUUGAACAUGCGAAUCCUCAGAUCCCGAUUUUACAUAGGGGAGAAUUUAUGAAGAUGUUUGAAUUGGCGUAUGCAGAGGAUGAUACUCGGGUAAGAAGUCCGAGGGAGCUUUAUAUGUUGAAUAUUGUUUUUGCGAUUGGGUCUGGAAUAUUCCUGGGCGAUACAUCAGAUGCAGAGGAGAAAGACGGGAAGAAGGAAGAGAAGAAAAACACAGGAUUAGGCAAACAGUGUCAACCGGAGGAAUAUCACGCUUCAGCUAUUGUGCAUCUGGAAUCCUGUUUGAGCUCGUCGACUUCCACGAUUGAUAAGUCGGAUGGAUUUGGAGGAGGUUUGGAAGAGUUACAAGCUGUCUUACUACUGGCUGGUUUCGCAUUACUAAGGCCUGUGGCUCCGGGAUUAUGGUAUAUCAUUGGAGUGGCCGUGCGAUUGGCUGUUGAUCUUGGUCUACAUUAUGAGGAUGGCAAAGACGUUGAUGUCGGACUGGAAGAACUUCCACCAUCAUCGAAAAUGGACGACGGCGAUAAUGCGAGAUUACAAAGAGAACGUAUGGCAAGAGAAAAGGGUCGCAGAGAAUGGAUUCGCGAUUUUAGGAGGAGGUUGUGGUGGUGCACUUACUCUUUUGAUCGGUUAGUGUCGACUUGUGUUGGACGUCCUUUUGGAAUUACCGAUCAAGUCAUCACUACAGAGUUUCCCUCAUUGCUAGACGACAAAUACAUCACACCGACAGGAUUUCUGCGGCCGAUUGGUGUCGAAGGAGAGCCGUCUUAUAAACAUGCGGCCUACCAUUAUUUCCGAUUAAGACUCUUGCAGUCAGAGAUUCUACAAGUAUUACAACAUCAACAGGCGCAACAGGCUCGAGCCGGUGGGGCAAAUCUAAGGAAUCCGUAUAUGCACACGGCAUUACCUUCUCCUUUCUUAGCUAAAUUUGGCACGUUCCGAAAUUGGCGGAUUGAUAUCGACAAACGGUUGUGGGAAUGGAAAUCUUCUGCGCCGACGAAACGAGAAACUGGUGUUGCGUUUUCGGUAGAGUUUCUGGAGUUGAAUUACUGGCAGUGUGUCAUUAUGCUCUAUAGACAGAGUUUGAGCGUGCCGCAAAUAUUUGAGGGCGAAUUUAGUACGACAAAUGAGGUAAAUAGCCCGACCGUACAUAAUGUUGAGUUGAGAGAGGAUGAGGAGCGAGUAUUUUUGAAGGUUGCGGAGGCUGGACAGAGGGUUCUGAGGUUAUAUCGGCAAUUGCAUCGGGUUCAUCUGGUCAAUUAUACUUUCUUGGCUACUCAUCACUUGUUUAUGGCAGGCAUAUCAUUUUUGUAUGCUAUCUGGCAUUCGCCAAUUGUCAGAAGCCGUCUAACAAUGGAUGAAGUAGACUUCACAAUCCUCGCAGCAACAUCCGUCCUCGGCGACCUCAUCGAAAAAUGUCCACCCGCAGAAGCCUGUCGCGACGCCUUCGACCGCAUGUCCAAAGCCACAGUCCAAAUGUGCAUGUCAACCACAGGCUUCAGCUCCUCAGCUCAAGGCCUCAACACCCGCCGUCACUCCUCCAACCGCACAAAUCAAGAAUCCACCGACCAAUUCAGCACCAACGGAACCCACAGCCGUCGGCCCCAAGCCCGUCCAAAACCACAUUUUGACAUGGGUCUCAACGAUCUCCUCGGCCGCUCUCCAUCCUCAGUCCAGCAACCAUAUCCGGCUGUCAAGACAGAAUUCGAGUACUCGCCCCCGAACCCAAUCCGCCAACCCCCAGCAGCAGCAGCACACUCCCCAAUCGACUACGCCGUCUCCCCGACCCUCUCCAACAUCGACACCUCCGCCAUAGACCCCUCCCUCCUCCCCUCACCCUCCCAACAAACACCCUCCUACUCCAACUUCUCCACCAACACCUCCAACCAAUACACGGCGCAGCAGGAAAUGCAAUUUCCCUUCCCCAACGCGCCCGGCAUGGAUUUCCUGACCGGCAACGGCUGGGAUCUACCGAAUAGUGGUGCGGGAGGUAAUGCGGGCUGGAAUGGGGGCGAUAUGGGGAUGGGGCUCGGCUGGGAGGGCAUGGAUCAUGAUUUUAGUGAGGGCGGGAAUGUGGAUCUUUUUGAUGGGUUCUUUUUUGGGGGGAGUGGGAAUUUUUAG